CAGUAACAGUGGAGAACACCAUCAGAGACUGCCGUAGACUCACAGAGGCCUCCACGUUCUGGUUGGUGAGCAGCUUCGACCGCAGGUUGGAUCAGGCUUCAGAGUAAAGGUGAUGGCAUUUUAUCCACUGCAAAUUGCUGGACUGGUCCUUGGGUUCCUUGGCAUGGUUGGGACUCUUGCCACAACUCUUCUGCCUCAGUGGAGAAUAUCCGCUUUUAUUGGCAGCAACAUUAUUGUCUUUGAAAGGCUCUGGGAAGGGCUCUGGAUGAACUGCAUCCGACAAGCCAAGGUCAGGUUGCAGUGCAAGUUCUAUAGUUCUUUGCUGGCUCUCCCACCUGCCCUGGAGGCAGCCCGGGCCCUCAUGUGUGUGGCGGUGGCUCUCUCUCUGAUUGCUCUGAUUAUUGGCAUCUGUGGCAUGAAGAAGAUUCAGUGCACAGGCUCGAACAAGAGGGCCAAAGCAUACCUUCUGGGGACUUCUGGAGUCCUCUUUAUCCUGACGGGCAUCUUCGUUCUGAUUCCGGUGUGCUGGACAGCCAACAUCAUCAUCAGAGAUUUCUACAACCCAGCCGUGCACGUAGGUCAGAAACGAGAGCUGGGAGCAGCACUUUUCCUCGGCUGGGCCAGUACUGCUGUCCUCUUCAUCGGAGGGGGUCUGCUCUGUGGGUACUGCUGUUGCAACAGAAAGAAGCAAGGGCACAGGCAUCCAGCCCCUGGGCAUUGUGUGUCACACACAGAUAAGCCACCACGGAAUGAGACAGUGCUUAACAGGGCCUCCACCAGUUACGUCUAAUACCUGCUUUCGGCUUAAAGUGUGGAUUAUGAUCAGUGUGUUUUAUAGAAUCCUGCCAGAAACUGUAAGUAAGCCAAGCAGGAGAACUUGCUUGAUGACUGCUUUCAAACUGAGAUGAAAUGUUUGAAGGACAUACAAACUGUAGUCACCUGUGGUAGGAAUAGACAUGACUUGGGACAU